UGGGAAUAAUAAAGCAGCAAGAGCAAUAAUUCGAAACUUGUUCGAAACUAAGAUUGCAAAAGAAAUAGAAAUAUUAAAAUUAUUUAAAAAAUGCUCAGAAUAUUGAACAAAAUUAAGAUUUCACGGAUACAAAGAAAUAUUUCAACUUCAAGUAGUCUUUGCAGCGAGGAAUUAAAUGUCCAUAGAGAUAGCAAGGAUAACAAUCCUUCAACACCCUUCGAGUUCUCCGAGGCGAACCUAAAAAGACUGUCUGCAAUAAUCGAAAAUUAUCCAGAAGGUGCUCAACGGUCGGCAUUAUCUGCCGCAAUAGACAUUGCUCAGAGACAGAUUGGAUGGCUGCCUAUAUCGGCUAUGCACAAAAUUGCUGAGCUUCUCAGUAUACCAAGAAUGAGGGUUUACGAGUGGGCUACGUUUUACACUAUGGCUAAAAGGAAAUUCAGGGGAAAGUUUAAUGUCAAAGUUUGCGUCACCACGCCUUGCAUGCUCCGAGGCUCUGACUGCAUCCUCCAGGUGGUAGAGGAGGAGACAUGUUGCACAACUGGCAACGUGUCCGAAGACGGCUUGUUUGGCGUGGACAUCGUGCAGUGCCAGGGUGCCUGCGUCAAUGCACCUGUCAUUGUUGUGAAUGAUGAUUAUUACGAAGAUGUGAGUGUUACAGAUGUGCAAAAUAUCAUCCAAUGCUUAAGAUGUGGUCAAAUACCUCAAUGGGGUCCUCUAUCUGGAAGGUUUGCGUCUGAGCCUAUAACGGGGCUAACAACUUUGCUAACGCCUCCUCCAGGGCCCGGGUUUGGCAUCCAAGAAGCCCUAUUAACUCCACCAACGAAUCCUGGCAAGCCCUGUGCACCGUAGUAAAAAAAAAAUUGAUUGUUGCAGUUU